AUGUGGCGCAGGUUGUGCUCCGCCCUCAGGCGGCUCCGCGGCUCACCCACAGCUGUGUUCGCCGGCGGUGACCGGCUGCCCGCCGCCAUGGAGCGGGCCGUGGUGCGGUGCGUGCCGUCCGAGCCCAAGCUGAGUCUGCGGUUCGUGCUUCCUGAUGGCAGCGCCAGGCACAUGCAACGGGACCAGGCGGAGCCGCUGGGCCGGGUACUGGCCCGCAUCGCCACCAAUGCCGCCAAGGGCCACGCUAAGGCAGGGAAAAAGAAUAAGAAGGCGCGGGCGGAGGACGGUCUGCCCGGGGAAGCUGCAGCGGUAGCACCGGCCGUGCGGCUCUUUUCCCGUGACGGGGAAGAGGUGGCCGAGCAGAUACCGAACGCAGCAGCAUGGCAGGACGGCGCUGUGCUGCAGAUCGGGGAGGCGCGGUACCGCGUGGAGCGCAACCCGCCAGCGCUCACCGAGCUCCAACUGCCGCGAUCGCUCCUGGCCGGCUUCCCCGUGUGCCCCAAGGUGAGCGCCGAGUUCGCUGCACCUCAGCACUGCCUCUUCCGCUGGUACUGCGAGCAGCGUCCCGCGGCCGGCGGGGAGGCAGCGGCAAGCGGUGACGGCCCGGCCUGGGUGGAGACGUCCGCCGAGCGCGUCUUCACGCCUUCCAACGCGCUGGUGGGGCUGCGGCUGAAGCUGCGGUGCACGCCCGGGAAUGAAGUACAGCGCUAUGGGCUGCCUCGUGAGGUGGAGAGUAGCGGUCCUGUGGAGGCAGGACCCGGCGCCUGUACCUUCGACUCCCGGCACCUCUACACCAAGAAGAUCUGCGGCGAGGGCUCCGUUCGCACCGUCUCUUACAACAUCCUGGCCGACACCUACGCCCAGACGGAAUUCUCCCGCACCGUGCUUUACCCCUACUGCGCACCGUACGCCCUAGAGCUCGACUACCGGCAGAACCUCCUCAAGAAGGAGCUGGCGGGCUACAGCGCCGACCUCAUUUGCUUGCAAGAAGUGGAUAAGUCCGUCUUCGUAGACAGCUUGGCCCCAGCCCUAGAUGCUUUUGGACUCGAAGGGCUCUUCAAGAUCAAGGAGAAGCAGCACGAAGGCCUGGCCACUUUCUACCGCAGGGACAAGUUCAGUCUCCUUAGCCAGCACGACAUAGCUUUUAGCGAAGCCCUGCUUUCGGACCCGCUGCAGAAAGAGUUGUGUGAUAAGCUGGCCAAGUACCCUGUGGUGCAGGAAAAAGUAUUGCAGAGGUCAUCUGUGCUGCAGGUUUCAGUUCUUCAGUCUACAGCUGAUCCUUCCAGGAAGAUUUGUGUAGCUAAUACCCACCUAUACUGGCACCCAAAAGGUGGGAACAUCCGUCUCAUCCAAAUCGCUGUAGCCUUGUCUCACAUCAAGCAUGUAGCAUGUGACUUGUAUCCAAGUUUACCAAUCGUAUUCUGUGGAGAUUUCAAUAGUACACCUUCGUCUGGGACUUACAGUUUUAUUAACAGUGGUGGCAUUGCUGAAGAUCAUGAAGACUGGGUCUCGAAUGGUGAACAAGAAAAGUGCAGUAUGCCUCUAAGCCAUCCUUUCCAACUGCUAAGUGCUUGUGGAGAACCUGCUUAUACAAAUUAUGUUGGUGGGUUUCACGGAUGUCUGGACUACAUUUUCAUUGACAAGAACGCUCUGGAGGUUGAACAGGUCAUUCCCUUGCCAAGUCAUGAAGAAGUAACAACCCAUCAGGCUUUGCCGAGUGUUUCACAUCCUUCUGAUCAUAUAGCACUAAUAUGUGACUUAAAAUGGAAAUAGAUAGCCCCAGCAUGGUGCUUUUGCAGGUUUUGAAGCAAGAAAUGGGAUUUCCUGCUGGGGAAAAGAAGUUAGCGACCCUAGCUUGUGCUCUACUUACAGGAAAGUUGGAACAGUUACUGAAGAG